AUGGGUCCUUUCGCGGAGAGAUUUCGGUCGUUCUUACACGCCAGUGAAACUGGAGAUUUCGAAUUUCGGCUAUUUUGUACAUAUCAAUGUGAAUUGUGGAUAAGCCCAAACGAUGAAGCCUAUGACAAAGUAAAAAUUCUCUCACAUAAUAGAAGCAGCAAUGCCGAUUGGUCAAUAAGGUACGUUCUAUAAAUGUUUAGCUUAGAGUGGCGAGUUGAGCUCGCUGUGGCAAACAUUUUUAUACCAAAUAAUGAGAUACAGUAAAUCUGCACUGGUUUGUCAACCUUCGGCAACAAGGUUGCACAUAAUCUAGGCAAAUUCAACUAUUCAGUAGAGUAGCUAAUUUACUUUAUUUUCUACAUUCAGUACUUUAACCGCAAGUUACAACUUUAAAAAUGGCGAGAAUUACUACAUUGAGGUUAGAUCGUUUGAGAUCAAAGGUGCUAGAAAUCACACAUUGUUGGUAAUCAAGGCUCCUAGUGCGAGUGUCACUGGCUUCUCACUGGUUCGUCAUAAACCUGGUAUGUGAACAUCGAUAAAGAUGACCGGACGGAAUAUUUUUUCCUGGCAAGUUUUAUUUGUUCCUGUGUACAGCAAUAUAUUGACAAUCUGUUUUGCCAAGCAGCCUUGAACCAAAGCUACUCAUGCCAGCUUUUGGACAAUGAAAAUUUGUUCGUGAAAACAGCAGCGAAGGAAAACUAGACAAGAAAUACUUCUAUGAAUUUGGGAAACAAAACCCGGCCUUGACAUGAGAUACAAUAUUCCGUGCAUAUGAGCAACAAAACUUGCCAAGGGAAACUUGUCGGCGAAAACGUGUUGACCGUGUACACAAGAUUUGUAAAGGAUUACAUGCUCGGAGGAAACUUGUCAAGUUGUUCGUCUAUUAGUUCUAAAACCUAGAGGUCCAAUGAAGACUUUUCAUUAUUGGUCCAGUGCUACUGUAAGAGGAAAACUGAAAAACGUUAAUAUACAUGCCGAACGAAGUUUAAACAAUUUACUAAAUUUUCUUAUCUUUAAAUAGAUUGUUACCAUGGCCUCGGAGUGGAGUCUGGGGCAAUUCCAGAUGCUGCUAUUUAUAGUUUGAAAUUCUGGAGUAGCAAUCAGUUUGCGUACACGGGACGGCUGAAUAGCCCGUAUCCACAUUGUUAUGAAACGAACUUUGACACAAAUUUUUAUGUUCAUUUCGAAGAACUUCAGUGGGUAGUUGCUGUUGUAGUUCAAGGUUUUAACAAUGACGGACUGUGGAGUAGUAUUGGGAAAUUCGAAAUUGGAACAAGACUUGAUUUUACUGAGUCGGGUAUCACAAGAUAUGAUAAUCAAUUCUUGGUAGGUAUUUACAUUGUUUGCAUAGAGUAAUUGCUGUCUGGAUAUCUGGUCAGGGUUAAAACCCGGAUAUAGAAUAAGAACUGAUUGAAAAAUAUUGAAAACGUCAACGCUACGAGCAAAGGAUCUUGGUCAGGAAAUUAGUAAUAUUCUGAUGAAGAACGUUCGUUGGACACAUAUAAAUUGCACAUAUUAAUUAUUUCAAUGGUUUCCACAUAGUUAUGUUCCCAACAACAAAAGCUCAUCCUUAUUGCCGAAUAUUAUACAUAAUUUUGCAAUUUCUAUUGUUCUUUAUGGGGACUUUGCACGUGUACAAAGACCUUCUCCUCUUUUUGUAGAUUUCAAGUAUUUCGUUUGAUGUUUUAGGAAUAUGUUGGAAAAAGCAAUUUUGGCUCGAUAAAAAUUGUUAACCUUACAGAACCAAUUCGAUCACGGAAUGUUCUAAUUUGUAUUGUAAAUUAUUAUGGUACAGGUUGUCUUCGAUUGGGCGUCAUUGGAUGCCAUGCUGGUAGGUUUACAUUUGGAGUAAUCAUGAAUAGCCAUCAUUUUAUACCACUAUCAUUACCAUCACUAUCAUCAUCUUUACCACCCUACCAUUAUCGUCAUUAUCACCAACAACAUUGUCAUUACCACCACUAUCAUUAUCAACUUCACCAUCAUCAUCGCCAUAAUUAUCACCAUCAAAAUUAUCAUCACCAGCAUCGUCAAUAUCAGCAGUACACGGUUCAAUGUUGAUGGUGUCACAUUAAACCAACAUUAACAAUGUGUUUCUUAAAUGUGUAGGAAACGUUGCUCGGGGAAAAGUGACCGGCGAUUCGAAAGCGAUUGAUGGUUAUUAUGGGCGUGUUGGUCACACAAGUUGUGCCAAUUUGUAUUCAGUUAACUAUCAUGUAUGGUGGUUAGUUGAUUUCGGCACAGCAUAUUAUAUUGGCGAGGUCUUUAUUGUCGGAAGAAAAGACUGUUGUCAGCAACGAAUGCAGAAUUUAGAAGUACGGAUUGGAAACUCAAGUUUAAAUGGUGGAAGUUUGAACCCUCAAUGUGGAGAAACAUUUUCAAUGACUGAUAUUGCGUCUUUCUCAGUUCACUGUCAACCGUAUGGUUAUGGACGAUAUUUGACCAUUGCUAAAUACGAUGGUCAAGCCCUAACGCUUUGUGAAGUGGCUGUCUUUCAAAUUGAGAAUGGUAAAAAGCUACAAUUUUUAGUGAUUUGAAUUUUAGUUUUUCAUUCACAACUUUCCUCACUCUGGUCACGUAUCAGCGUUGUUUUAAGGCUACAAUUAACAUAGCUAAAGAUAUACGGUCAAAAGUAUACGCACAAUUUCAAAGUGAGCCGAGAACGAUUAAACGUUCUGUUUCAAUACCAUUGCAAAACUUGCUCGCGCAUACAACAUAAUAAAUUUUUUCGGCAACCAUAUAAUCUGAUUGCGAUAAGAAUCUUGUCUUCGUCAUAUUUCAAAUACCACAGUAUUAUUCAACCUACGGAGCUGUACGAACUCUGUGUAUGGUAAUAUCAUAUAGCAAUUUCAAGUGGUCGACCAGAGAGUCAUGACAAAGUUAGUGGUCGAUAUUAAAGACGUGCUAGCCCCCUGCAUCCCAAUCGCAUUCUUUGUGUGAUCCACGUGGCCGGCCAAAACUGAUUACUCCAUUUCUUUUUCCAUGUUAUAGACACUAUAUUCUCAAAUUGGUCAGAUUGUUCUGUCACUUGUGGCUAUGGUUUACAACAACGACGUACAGUCUGUACAAAACCUUAUUACUGUAAGAGUGUGGAGGAAGUUCGCCCUUGCUUUGCUGGAAAAGAGUGUGAACGUAGGUCUUAUUCACCCUUAUUUCACCGUAAAUUUAGUUAGUUCCACCAAUCUUUAAACGAUAUGUUGCUCAUUAUCAUAUUAACUGCUUGAUUGAACAAAAUACUAUUUCUUGGAGCGCUGGAGAUCGGCAUCCGUCCGUUGGAUCAUUGACGGCACUGUUAGCCUGCGUAACUGAGGCUCCCAACCCCUUAAAACCGCUAGGUAUGACGGAUAAUCCGUCAUAGACUUUUUUGGUCUUUUCUAUGCCAAGUUCGUCCGGAAGGAUCAUCCAUCUUUACUACAGUAGGGCACUUAUGGCCACGGCGGAUUUUCAUACUUUUCUCGGGGUGUGCAAAAAAUUUAGGGCGGGGUGGUGAUGAUCAUGUGCAGGGGCGCAUCCAGGGUUUUUGAUGACCAGUUUACUAGAUUCACCCAACUAAUAGGGGGGUCCGGGGGUAUGCCCCUUUGGAAACAUUUUAAAAUUUGGGGCUCUGAAACAGCAUUUUCUGCAUUCUGGCGUCACUUUUAAAAUUAAUUUAAUGAUUAGAAAUGCAUGUUUUUAAUUGAAUUUUUUACUAAUACGCAGCUUAAACAAUUGAAUUGAAGCUUUUCCGAAGCGUAUUAGCUAGUGCCUAGUGUUAAAAAUAUAGGAUCCGCUAAUUGCUGACACAUCGAUUUAGAUCUGCACGCUUUCAAUCCAACUCUAACGACAAAAUAAAAACCAAACUGCAAGAGCGUGAAAGCUUCGCAAUCAUUUCCUGAUUCUCAAUCGCCAAAGCAAUGAUCAGUGGGUAUAAAUACGCUCGGUAGUCUAUAAUUAAAUUUCAAUAAUAGAUCAGACAACAUCAAUUUUAUGAAACGGAAUAUUCUUUAAAUUAGUUAUAUACAUGGAAGGUUAUAGAUUUUCUUUCUUUGGAAAAUCUGACAGGUUUAUGUAAACCUGUCAAACCUGUCUGAAUCCGCCCAUGAUGUGAAUGUGCGAACGCGUGGUGCCGAUGAGCACGUGAACUUAUUUUUUGUAAGUGUGUUUUACUUUUACGUUAAUUUUCUGCAAAAAAAGCGUAUAUAGAAACAUGUUAAUUUUAAUAUUUCUAUCUUACUUAACGGUAGUUUAAUUUAGUGCAUUUAAAUUUUGGCCGGGACAGGGGGUGCACAUUUUUGUUGGGGGUGCACAAUUUCUCUGGGGAUUUUAUGGGGAGCCCGCACGCCCCCAGAAAAUCCAUCUUGCUUCUGGCUCAGUACAUUUGUAUUCAGGAAUUCCACCAACUCUUUUCUGUCUUUGUUAGUUUUGAUGCAAGAUUGUGGUCAAUUGCACGCCCUUGGAGAAACUGAAACUGGCAUAUAUAAAGUAAGACCAAAUCGUGCGAUAGAGAAUGACAUUUACGUAUAUUGCGACCACGAUACGGAUGGUGGUGGCUGGCUAAUCCUGCAACGACGGUCCGCUACUGGCACACUAAACAUGACACAGCCUUGGCACUUGUAUCGAGAUGGCUUUGGCAAUGUCAGUACUGAAUUUUGGAUCGGUAACAAGUACUUCAGUCAACUUACAAAUCACACUGCUUAUGAAAUUAUGUUUCUUUUUAAACGCGCAAAUGGUAGCGUUUUACGAAAGACAAAAUGCGAUGCAUUCAAGGUAUCAUCUGAGCAAGAGAACUAUCGUUUACAAUUGGAUAUAUGCGAGGGACCUGAUGCUCAAAUAUUGAAAUUUUCAAAUGGGACAGAAUUCUCAACGUGGGAUAAAGAUAAUGGCUUUAGUAUAUUUAACUGUGCUAGUGAGAUAACAGGCUGGUGGUUUGGAAGUUGUGAUUCGUAUCUUAACAGCCAGACUCUGUCCUGUUUUGGGCAUUCUUCCUGUGAUUAUGACGCUACAAUGAUGAUCAAGCCAAAUAAAGGUAGAGUUAAUUUCGCUGAUGUAUAUAUAUUUAAGUUUCAACCCAGCCUCUCCAUCUUCUUGUCAGUUCCCUCUGUGCUCUGUUCUCUGGUGUCACAAUGUCUCUGACUGAGUUUUCUCCAUAACAAUUAUUUGCGAUUUUUCGUGUCCAUACCAUCUCAGCCUUGCUUUCAUUUACUAAGCUAAGAUGAUAUGGACAAUUCCCUACGUCUUCACUUAUGAUCUUCUGAUUUCGUCAUGCAAUGAUGUUUUUGACCGAACCUCCUCAGUCACAUCUAAUUACGUAUUCAUUCCAGUCGGCAUCCUGUGCCUUUUUCACCUUGGUUCCCUGACCUUCUCUUCGAUAUUUCCUGCACAUCGUGCAUCUUCUGAUCUCUGUAUCUUUAUUCCAUAAUGUUUGUGAUCGUGUCUCAUUCAUCUCUUGUUACGUUUCCAUGCAUGACAGCCUUGCUUCCCUUACCUUUUCUGCCAUGUUUUCUGCAUCAUUCCAAAGCUUCUCUGACUGGCUUGCUCCAUCUAUUCUUAUCAAAUACCGAUAAGCAUCGCGGCAUUGGUUACCUGGCCUAGGGGGGUGUCUACCGACACCCCGCCUAGUUGUAUCUAGCAUCCCCCCCUUGAGAAGUCCAACACCGCUAUAAAAAAUCUGCUUCACCGACGAUUUUCUGCUUUUCGAAUAGCGAUUAGCGGAACUUCUUACGGUGGCCCGUUAGACGCUUGUUCCGUAGAAAAUCACAUUCGUUCUGUGUACUUGAAGUAGUUUUCCUUAAUAACAGAGCGUUUCUGUAUAAAUGUGCGGCGUUUCCGUAGAAAAUUCAUACGACUUCCGCAGAAAUAUAGACGCUUUCCGUACAAAUGUAGACUUCUUCCGUACAAAUAUAGAUGCCUUCCUUAGAAAUUUUAUGCAUGGCUUCCAUACAAAUGUAGACGCCUUCCGUAGAAAUCUAAAACUAAUGCGCGCGCAUAGUCUGGUAACUAUGGUAACUUCAGUUGAUACAUGAUGCAAAAUGGCGGCAUGUAAACAGUGUACGCACGAAUUUGCUCUUCGUACAAUUAAUUGUAGUAUAUGACAAAUGUUUCGUGUGAUGUAAAUGGACGCUUUGUUGUUUUUAGUCACGGAAAUCAAAACUCCACGGGGGAUACUAAAUUACUAAUACUAUAAAUUUAUACUAUGCUUAAUUGUCAGCUUCACUGACACAGCUUGUGAUGUUACUCCGAGUGUAUAUCCACACCGGGCAAGCUUGAAAAAUAUGCCUGACGGCCCUGACCACGGUGGGAAUCGAACCUACGAUCUUUGGAAUACUAGCCCAAUGCUCUGACAACUGAGCUACGCGGUCAGGUCGGUUCGAGAAUGUGAUAUUUUGAAACCGAACGUAGUUCCUUCGAUAUCAUUGUAAUCUAACAAUCAUGAUUUUUCUGUGUUGGUGUAAUUGUACUCCGGUGAAUAUGAUGCUUGUGAUGUUAUAUAUUUUUCAAGCUUGCCCGGUGUGGAUAUACACUCAGUAACAAACCAAGCAUAGUAUAGAUUUAUCGAAGUGACUAGAUGACCGGCAGCCGGCUAUCUAGUAAACUGCCAGCUGUAUAGUGACUAUAUAAAUUAAAGUUGAAUUUUUAUAAGAUAAACCGUUCCCUAACCCCAAACCCUCCUCUAACCCCAAACCCUCCUCUAACCCUAACCCCUAAUCUAACCUUUUGAGAGUUAAAAAGGCGGAGAAAAUUAAAAGUUGAAAAAAUUUUAAGAAAAAAAUAUUCUUAAAUCAGACGUUAAAAACACAAUCCGACCCCGACUGGGUUUCACUUUCCGCACGCAGCGCCUUUGCCGUAGCGCUAACAGCAAGUUUGGUAUAACUAGUGCAAACAAAUGUUUUUAUAUGUAACUAUAGUCAUUAUAUAGCCGGCAGUUUACUAGGUAAGCCGGCUGCCGGUCUUGUCGAUUUUAAUAUCCCAUGUGGAGUUUAGAUUUCCGUGACUAAAAACAACAAAGCGUCCAAUCAUUUACAUCACACCAAACAUUUGUCAUACACUACAGUUGAUUGUACGAUCUUACUUGUUGUUUUAUGACCGCCAUUGGGACAAAAAUUGCAAUUUGGAAGAGCAAAAUCGUCGCGUGCACUGUUUACAUGCCGCCAUUUUGCAUAAUGUAGCAACUGAAGUUACCAUAGUUACCGGACUAUGCGCGCGCAUUAGUUUUAGAUUUCUACGGAAGGCGUCUACAUUUGUAUGGAAGGCAUGCAUAAAAUUUCUAUGGAAGGCAUCUACAUUUAUACAGAAGAAGUCUGCAUUUGUACGGAAAGCGUCUAUAUUUCUGCGGAAGUCAUCUGAAUGCUCUGUUAUUAAGGAAAACUACUUCAAGUGCACAGAACGAAUGUGAUUUUCUACGGAAACUUCUGCUGUAACUUCUGCUGUAACUUCUCCAUUACUUCUGCUGUUUUAGCACGUGUCAAUUUCUUGAAACGAUUUAAUUUAUUUGUGCAUUAGCACAAGACAAUACUCAUGAUGCUUUGAUUAAAUGCUACGGUUAAAUAUGUAAAUAUUUUGAGGUUGUUAUACGGAACUGUUUGGUUAAAUAUCAUGUGUAAACAUGUCUAGGUUGUUAUUCAGUCAUAUUAAUUUCAAACAUGCUUGUCCCCGAGCCGACGGCGCGACGCGUCGUGCGAGGGUACUAAUUCCCCCCGGCUAUUUACACCCGGGAAAACGAAAGCAUUAGCGGAGUCUAAAGUUCAUCAAAUAUCGCGGGCGUGGGUCACUAACGGUGUUGGGUGGGUGGUCAUCCUUACUGAUCUCAAAAAUAUGGCGGACUGUCACGAAUAGCGGACACUGAUUGGUCCAAUUUAAAGUUAGCAUUAUAACGACUGCAUGACGACAGCGAAAUAGCAAACAUUUCUUGAGUUGAUUUGAUGAUUGAUAAAUUUCUGGCAAAUAUGUUUCAUUUUUGUUCGCAUUUUUGCAAGAUUUUGUAAAUUUCAAAAGCUCUCUGAGAAAGGAACUGCAUGCGAAAGAAUCCGCUAAAAGAAGGGAGCCGACGUUAACGAAGGUAAGUUUGUUUUAAAUAUUGAUUUUAUAAUGAAUUUAAAACCCGACGGCUUUUGCGUAUAUGAAACAACUAAACAAGACAGCAUAUAUUUUCAGUGUUUCUUUAGUAUUGAUUCCCUUUUUUAUUAUAUUGAAUUUUUUAAAUAAAUAGGAAAGCAAAGUUAUUUGCAAGCGAGAAUUUUAAAUCAUUUUAUUGCAAACUCAAAGUUUAUCGAUAAAGCCAUUUUAAAAGGCAGUUUAGUUUUAUAUUAAAGAACACUCGAAUGACUUUAAAACGCUUUGCGAAGCGUUUGUGGUUGAAUUUUACCUUAAAUCGAGGCUUAUAAUACGUAUAAUAACAUACCUAACAUAUAUAUGUUGGGAAAUUAAUUAUUUUGUGAUUAAAAGUGAUAUUUAUAGGCGAUUUUUUACUUGUAAGAAUAUUCCUGGAAUAUUCUUAAAAAAUUAUCGUGUUACCAUGACAACUUAGAUACUUCAUGUUCGGAAAAUACAAUGGUUUUGUCAGCAAGGCGAGGGUUUCUGCAUGCAUGUAUUUUCUAGUACUUUAAAAGGUAAAGUUACUGUACUGUGCUACAGCAACAGCAACAGUUCAGUCACGUAUAUGUGAUGAAAAUCCGAUAUAAACUACAUAAACAAACAAUAACGUGGUACAAUGGCGAAAAUGCAGAUUCGGCCAUCUCAAAUAAUGGUAAUGUUGGGAUAGUAGCGUUGCAGAGGAAGGUGGACAGUAAGACUCCCCCUGAUCCACCACCCGGUGGAAAACCUGCAUCUCUCUGGAGGCUAGAUCUGCCCCUGACUCCCGUUCUCUGCAAUUCGCCUUUUUGACUCUAAAGACACGUAUUGCAACACGUGACCAAAAAUGUAAACAAAUACCACGAGUUCGGACAAGCUUAAAUUGUUCGAACAUACAACAGAGUAUAUUCAUCAUGGUUGCUACAAAAAGAUGUGCGUGGGGUACGAGUAAAAUUACUCACGUUACCCACUACGAAUGAUUAAGAAUUCAAAUAGUGACAAUUCAAAUAGUGACCUAGUAACGUUUUUUCAUUUUCCCGGACCAAAAAAGAACGCCGAAAAGCGAAUGAGGUGGAUUGUUGAUGUCGGAGCGGUGAUAAUUUUUUAAUAAAACGACACAAAGGUCAAACGACAGUUAUACAUCUGCAGAUUUUGUCGGCGAACAAGUCCAAUACCAGUGGUACUUGGUAAGUUUUUAUGGUUCAGUUGUGUGUAAUAUUAUGAAUUAUGCACAAUCCACCUCAUUCGCUUUUCGGCGUUCUUUUUUGGUCCGGGAAAAUGAAAAACGUUACUAGGUCACUAUUUGAAUACUUAAUCAUUCGUUGUGGGUAACGUGAGUCAUUUUUACUCGUAUACCAAACGCACAUCUUUUCAUAGCAAAGAUUGUUCAAUAUACUCGGUUGUAUGUUCGAACAAUUUAAGCUUGUCUGAACUCGUGGUAUUUGUUUACAUUUUUGGUCACGUGUUGCGACACGUGUCUUUAGAGUCGAAAAGGCGAAUUUUAAAGUCCACGUCUUCUUGAGAUCUCAAAAUUCCUUGCCUUAUUAUUCAGUAAUGUAGAAAUACUGUACCAACAGUUUUAAAUUUGAAACACUCACUUAAUGAAACUCUGCUACAACUGUUAUAUUUCUUGUAGUUGAUGGAGGUUGGACACACUGGACCUCAUGGGCAACAUGUGACAAGCCAUGUGGUGGAGGCAAUAGCACGCGUGUGCGUUCGUGUACAUACCCUCCCCCUGCAGGUGGUGGAGCUGAUUGUGAGGGACCUUGGAACGAGACACGAGGCUGCAACCCGAAUCCAUGCCCAGGUAUGUCAACUUUGCAUAUGUUUCUGGAUGGCUUUUUACAGAGACUAGUCUUCUUGAAUUUACUUUAGUGCGCACGAGUUGCUUGAAUUGCUGGCAAUGUGAUCCAUUUUAAUAAAGUGAUUGUGACGACCUUGUCUCAUUUACACUCAAACGAAGUGGUGAAGGGUUUUGGUAGCUCAUGGCUGUUCCUGGCGGGUGAUGCUAAUAAACUUGCAAUGGCAUCCAAUGUCGUAAAUUCAUAAUAAAACCCUAACAAUCACUCUAAUCUCAGCAAAGGCGGCCGUUAGGUGAAUAUCAUUUGAAAAAUUUGCAAUAUCAUUUAUUUUUUAGUAAUCGAAGUUAAUGUAAUCAUGCGAUUUAUUGAAGAAACUUGGACUGAAUACCUUAAAUCCUCUUCGUCGCCUUUAUUUGGAGGGCUGAUGCAGAAAAUUAUUAAUAAUGUAAGUGUAUGACUUUUUUAUGUGGAAAUGUUAUGUACUGUAUUGUAUUGUACUCGUGUACUACAGUGCAUAACUAAGUAGUAAGUUAUGCUUAAACUGUUCAUAUAAGCGUAACUUAAUUACGUUUAAACUGUUGAUAUUUUCUAACAGAUAAAAGCACUAUAUAACAAUGACUCUUCAGUAAAUGUUGACGUAAACUCGUUCAGGUAUGUAGGCUUUCUAUUGUAAUGUGUUGUGCUUUUGCAUUCUGUUUGGUUACUUGAUAUGCUUCUUUUAGGGAAUUUGCUCCAUAAGGAGAAUCACUCAAAGUGUAUUAACUAAUUUCUAUUUGAACCGGCAGACAAGGCAGUGUGAUAGCAGACGUUACAAUCAUAUAUGAAGCUCUUGAUGGUCAACAAUUGAUUGUUUUACAAGAAGAUCUUGACCAAGAUGGAUUACUCAAUCAAGACAUGCCAGUUGUUUAUACUCAAAAUGACCUUGUGGUUACCGAAGGUACUUCCAUAUUCGUAUAUCCUUUCAUUGAUAUGUCAGAAAUUCCUGCAUCAUUAAAUCCCUAAAUGCCUUAUUUUUCUAGUCCUAUUUAGACCUCCGCAGAUAACUGAAUUUCGCAACGCAAGUUCAACGAGUAUUUACAUACAGUGGCAACCACCGAAUUCGACCAUACUCUACAAAUUACUCGGAUACAGAAUAUUUUAUAAGGAAAGUAAUGACACAUCUUUGACCAUGCUCGUUCAAGCUGUUGAGAAAAAUAUUGUGGAAAUUGAGAUAACUGAUCUUAAAUAUUAUACAAAUUAUUCUGUCAGAGUGUGUGCCUUUUCUUCAGCUGGUAACGGUGUUCCCACCACAGCACAUUAUAUCAUGACAGAUGAAUACAGUAAGCUAUUUUCUUUAUUGGUUAUUAUAGUGACCUACCUACCUACCAACCUGACUGAUUACCUGCCUGCUUGCCUGCCUACCUACCUACCUACCUACCUACCUACCUACCUACCUACCUACCUACCUAUACCUACAUCCAGUACUAACUACAGUACCCAUCAGCCAACCCACCCACUUAAUUAAUUUGACAAAUGUUUUGAAAUUUGGGAAUCAAAUUUUCAUUUAGUUCCUAUGGCUUCACCAGUGAUAACAUCUGCCCAUAAUCUCAGUUCUACGUCAUUAAGCAUGUCUUGGCUUCCUGUGGACCUGCCAUUAUUCAAUGGCAUUCCUACUGGAUAUAUGGUGCACUACAGAAUAAAGACUUCAGACAAUAAAACCGCAUUUCUUAAUACAACACUUGAUGAUUACCUGGCGAUGAGCAUUAAUAUUUCUGAUUUAAUGAAGUAUACAGAGUAUGAGAUGUAUAUGACGGCAACAACAAUUAAAGGACAGGGGACACGAGGAGAGUUUGUUUACUUUAGGACAGAUGAGGAUGGUAAGGGAUUGGUUUGUGCAUGUGCCUUCCGCAUGAGCAGGGUUAUAUAUUCCUGCAAUACGCAGUUGUCUAAUCUGUUCAAUGUUAUUACCUGUUAAUAUAGUUCCAAGCGAAGCUCCUAACAAUAUAACACUACGAAACAGGACUUCAACAUCACUAAAUAUUUCGUGGACGGCUGUUCCUCAGGAAUUAGUUCAUGGAGUGUUACGAGCAUACGUCAUCGAAUACUGGCCUGUAGAUAAUAUUAAUGCUACUACGAAUACUAGUGUUGGACCAUGGGAAACAAAAAUACAACUGACGAACUUGAUGAAGUUCACCAACUAUAGUAUCAAAUUUGCAGCAAUGACCGUAAAAGGUGUUGGAAACUGGAGUGAGAUUGUGCUACAGACAGAUGAAGAUGGUAGGUGAAAUCCAGGAAUUAUUUCGGAGACUUGAAAUUCUUGGGAAUAACAUCUUAGGUCGUGAGAAGAUUAGCCAGCAUUGCUGCGGAUUGAUGUACCCUGUUUGCCGCCCCUCAAAAACAAUGUUAUAAACUGAAACUGCAUUGUUUCGCAAACACUGGUUUCGUACUUUGUAACCUUUACGUGUAGACAUCUAUUACUGCCAGCAUUUGUUGUAAACUAGUAAUUUAAUAAGACGCAGAGGCAUAUUUUCCAGGUUUGCCACUCAUUAAGAAAUAUAAUACCAAAUUGUUUUAAAGUUUUAAUUAAAUCCAAAUUAGGACGGAAAAUACUGCUUUUUUUGUCACAACGUUUACUCAAUUUGUAAAACGCGUUUGUUAGUACGCACGAUCGGAGAAUUUGAGGCAAAAUUAACUGAAAUUCGAGAAUCUAAAGCAACAGAACACAGUACCAAUUGCCUGUAUAAGUAUUUCAUUUCCUUAUUUAGUUCCAGACCGUGGCCCAGUGGACCUGACAGGCUUUAAUAUCAGUACUACUGCAGUCAAUAUUUCCUGGAACUUGAUCCCUAAGCAAUAUCGAAAUGGUAUUAUCAUUGGUUACAGAGUACAUUAUGAUGAUUAUAUGGGCCAUUCAGGCAGUAUUAUCCUACCCGCGUUACAAAGACAUGUGAUCUUGGAAGGUCUCCUCUCAUAUACUCUGUACAAUAUCAGUGUUGCAGGAUUGACUAAACCAGGCGAAGCAUGGAAUAGAACUUUUGUAUUCAUACGUACAAAUGUCGGAGGUACAGUAGGUCUUGUGAUCAGUCACUUUCAACUACCGUCAUUCGCCAUAAUUUAUCAAGCAUUAUUCACGAUUAAUUGUAGCAUUAUGACACCUAUUAACAUGAUCGUCAUCCACUAUUAUCAUCAUCAUGGCCAUCAUCACUACCAUCACCACUAUUUCAUCGUCACCAUCUACGCCACCAUUAUCUACCACAAACAACCAUUAUCCAUUAGGAUCACCCAACAGUAUCACCAUUACAGCAACCACCAUCAUCCACCACCCUGUUACACUUAUAUUUUUGUUUAAUUAUUAUUAGCUCCAACGCGAGAACCUUGGGAAUUAAUAUGUUCUGGCGUGUCGUCCUACACCAUAUCUUUACACUGGUAUCGUUUUACACCUGAUCUGACUGGUAGUCGGCUUACUGGAUACUUCAUAUCAUACCGAGCAAUAGAGCCUCCUGAUCCAACUAUGUUUAACGUGACAUUGAAACCAUUUAAACACAACUACGUAGUGGAAAAUUUGAAAGCAUACACAAAUUACUCCUUCGAGUUGCACGUCUUUAAUCCAUGGGGGAAAAGCAAUACAUCAUCAAUUGUUUGUAAAACUGAGGAAGGAAGUACGGAAAAAAAGUUUUUGUAUUUUUACCGUUAUAGUACUUUAACAGUUAACACAGACAGCCUGAAACAGGCGGAAACGCUCAUUUUGUAGGGUUAGUUCUAAAACUAGUGGUCCUCAUCUCCCAGAAAAUUUGAAAAGGUAAAAAUGCAGGUUAAGAAUCAAUGGGAAAAUGCAAGAUUAAUAACGCUAAAAGAUGGUAGCUGAUUUUCUUAUUUCAUCUAACAAACGUUAUUCUUAUUAGUUGUUACAUAUGUUGGAGACUGUUAUUGACAUGGAAUUUUCCAGAACAUUCUAUAAAUAUUCAACAUAAAUAUAAUAUUUCAGUCAAAGAAUGACAACAGUCAACAGGUCCCCCACACAAAAUAUGCCUAAGGGCCCCCUCUUCCUCCGUUACACCACUGAACACAGAUUAAGUGUAGAAGGAAGUUAGAUAGUUGGUUUUUACAUUUCUUUAACCGAAGUGUUUAUUCUUUUCCACUAGAACCUUUGUCAUCACCAAGUAAUAUUGUUGCCAUUUCUAAAGUUGCACCUGAUAAAAUAAUUCUGAAGUGGAAUACCGUUCCUAAACUUCUGAUGGCUGGCAUACGUCGUGGCUACACCGUUACGUACAGAAAAACAAAGGAAGUUGGAGAGUUAAUUGAAGAUGACCAGAAACGGAUAAAUAUUUUCGAGCCAGAACGGACAGAAAUUGCUAUCGAACGACUUGAGUACAACUGUCAGUAUUCCUUCGCUAUUCGAGUUUUUAAUACCAAAUUUUUUGGUGAUGAUAGCGAGAUAGUCUUUGGAGGUAAGGACAAGUGAGAAAAAAUCGACGUUCCAUUUUUGUUUUAUACGGUUGUCAGUUGAUUAAUUAAAAUUUAAACUUUGUUAAUGAAAGUACUUGCAAUUAGUUUCUUCCAGACACUUGAGAUUUUUCCUGAUACCCCGCAUUUAUCAAACAAUAAUAGGGUGCAUUUACUGAACCUCUACGAAGACCACUCAAGAACCUAUACAAUUAUCUUUCGAAAGUAGUUUUGGUUUAGGUUUUAUCUUGUAAUAGUAGCUACUUACUGAACCAAUAACUAAUGGCUAUUACUGAAACUUUAGAAAGAACAAUUUAGAUGGGAUAGAGCCUUCGAGAGGAUUUCACCCCGGAUGGAGAACGUCAAUGCGAUGUUCAAUUAAUCAUUUUGUAAUUUUUGCCUAGAAACGUGCAAUUGUCUAGGGGAUUUCUACAUGAACUGGUGUAGCUACAUGCCAUAUGUGAACACAUCAGACACUGGAAUAUUUCCGCCAUUGAUUCGCAGUGCAAUCUAUGGUGUUUGUGGCAACUGUUCUGAGUUUGGUCAACCUAAAAUAUACUUUGAUAUUGAAGGCUCGUCACUUAGAAAAACCGGUCUGAUCCAUGUCAAGAAUGGUAUUAACGUAAACCAUCAAAUAAACUUUCCCCUAAUUGGUCGUAAAGACUCGAAGACAUUUGUUCCAGUUAUUGACAGUCCUGGAAGUGUAUUUGUGACGAAAAAGCCCAGUUUGACCAUGAUGGUUGAAUAUAUGUUUUUUGAUACAGUUAUUGGUACAUUACCAUUGCUUGGAUUUGCCGUUAUCACAGCUUCAUUGGCUGGCUUCAUAAUGUGGUGCCUGGUAAGUUAUCGGCACAGUAAAUGUCGAACGGUUUAGAAAUAGCUUAUGUUUAGUCGUAAUGUGACUUGUUGGUUCGUGAAUGUAAUUUGUUCUUGCUGUACACCCAGUUACUUUUACCAGAAAUAUAGCUGCAUGUUAUAACCUGGUUGCUAUUCCUAUGAACUCAGAUACUUCCAUUGAACAAUUGUUUGGGUCAUAAACUGUUGAUAGUCCAGGCGUGUUCUCUUGGCUCUAAUCCAUGUGUCGUUUUUUUUAUUUGCAGGAAAAUAAGAAAAAUCCUGAAAAUUUUCCCAAACGUUUUAGUCGUGGUGCUCCGGAAGGGUUUUGGUGGGCUUUUAUAUCGAUGACUACUGUAGGGUAAGGUGCAAGUUUCGCAUGCAAUUUUGCAUUCACCUUUAUCUAUAGCUAAUUGUUUUUUGAACAAUUGGGCCUACAGUGUACAGUCGCUCUUCGAGAGCACUCAUUUAUAUUUGUAUUUUAUCUAGCUAUGGUGAUCGAGUAGCUAUCACUGCACCAGGCAGGAUAUUUUCAAUAAUAUGGACACUAUAUGGAUUGGUUAUAACUGGUAUACUCGUAGGAAACUUAACUUCAGCACUGACAGUUUCUGUUGCGUUUUCUCUAAAUGAAGUUGAUCUUUAUCAAGCGAAGGUAUAAAGCCUUCCAAGGUUGAUUUAAAUACUCCCAUGAUAGCCUGCUCAACUGUUCCUUACCUCAAUGCUAUUCACCACAAACCCAACUCGUAUUUCAACUUUUCAUAAAUCCCAAUAAUCUCACCAAAUUCUUAACCUAAUCCUAUUUAGAUUGCUGCGAUUGAAAAUUCUUCAGAAUUCAAACUGGGUUUAUCAAAAGGAGCUGUAGUCAACAAAG